UUUGAAGAUUUUUCAUCCGCGCAUUGUUUGUAUGUUGGCAGUGUACGUCACUUCGAGUAGAGUACAAAAAUAAUCAGAUUUACGAGCCCAUCCGGAUUAGUCAUCCACUCAUUAAUGCAACUUGGAAUUGUGGCUCGGUUUUAGUGUUUGGUACCGGAAAACAAAUCGUAACUUACAUUUGGCCCGAAGGUAAACAACCUCCAGGAGAGGCAAACAAUGGCUGCUGGAUCAACGCUGCAGAAGGCGAUCGAUAUCGUCACGAAGGCCACCGAGGAAGAUCGCAACAAGAACUACGAGGAAGCGUUACGCCUGUACGAGCACGGAGUGGAGUACUUUCUGCAUGCCAUUAAGUACGAGGCACAGGGAGACAAGGCAAAGGAUUCGAUUCGAGCGAAAUGCCUUCAAUAUUUGGACCGUGCCGAGAAGCUGAAAGCCUACCUAAAGAAGGGCAAAAAGAAGCCUGUCAAGGACGGUGGCAGCAGCAGCUCGAAGGACAGCAAAAGCGGUGGCAAGAACAACGGUGAUAGUUCCGAUUCCGACUCGGAUGAUCCGGAGAAGAAGAAGCUGCAGUCCAAGCUGGAGGGUGCCAUUGUUGUGGAAAAACCGCACGUCAAGUGGUCGGACGUUGCCGGCUUGGAGGGCGCCAAGGAAGCGCUGAAAGAGGCCGUGAUUCUGCCGAUUAAGUUCCCACAUUUGUUCACCGGGAAACGCAUCCCCUGGAAGGGAAUUUUGCUGUUUGGGCCACCCGGUACCGGUAAGUCCUAUCUGGCUAAGGCAGUAGCCACGGAGGCCAACAAUUCGACGUUCUUCUCCGUUUCGAGUUCGGAUUUGGUAUCGAAAUGGCUCGGCGAGUCGGAAAAGUUGGUCAAGAAUCUAUUCGAGCUGGCCCGAACCCAUAAACCUAGCAUUAUCUUCAUCGACGAAGUGGACUCGCUCUGCUCGUCCAGGUCGGACAAUGAAAGCGAAAGUGCCCGUCGAAUCAAAACGGAAUUCCUGGUCCAGAUGCAGGGCGUGGGCAGUGAUAACGAUGGAAUUUUGGUGCUAGGCGCCACCAAUACUCCUUGGAUUUUAGAUUCCGCCAUUCGGAGACGUUUCGAGAAACGUAUCUAUAUCCCGUUGCCUGAGGAGCAUGCCCGGUUGGUCAUGUUCAAGCUCCACCUGGGAAACACGUCCCAUUGUCUUACGGAGGAAAACAUUCGGACGCUGGCCAAAAAGACGGAAGGCUACUCCGGAGCGGAUAUUUCCAUUGUGGUUCGUGAUGCUCUGAUGCAACCGGUACGAAAGGUCCAAUCGUCGACACAUUUCAAGAAAAUCACCGGCCAGUCCCCUGUCGAUAAGGAAACGAUUUGUGAUGAUCUGCUGGUCCCAUGCAGUCCGGGUGAUGCCGGAGCCAUCGAGAUGACCUGGAUGGAGGUGCCUAGUGAUAAACUGUCUGUACCACCGGUUACAAUGGGCGAUAUGCUAAAAUCGCUUUCCAGCACCAAACCGACCGUCAACGAGGAAGAUAUGAAAAAGUUGGACAAAUUUACGGAAGAUUUCGGACAGGAAGGCUAGACCGUCCGGGUGUCGUCAAGAGUUGGCUUCGUAAGUUCGUCUUUGCUUUCAAAACUCUAUUUCAACCGUGUUUUCGAUUUAGUUUGUAUCUAACGGCUUUAAGUGUCGACCCUAAUCGGUGGUAAAUUUUAGAGCGGACUCGUGGAACGUGGACCAUAAAAGUGCGCUGGAUAUCUGCACGGGGAUAUUCCCAAUAUACUUAAUAGAUUUUUAUUUUUCUGAGUUCCAAUACAGAUUCAAACUUCAUCGGUGUAUAAAUACGAAUCGUUUUCGAACACGUAGUGAGAUAAUUUUACUUUUUCCCACUUUACUUUCUUUCCGCCUUUUACGCUAUGAAAUUGUACGAAUAAUAUAUAAACAUACACUGAUUUGAAAGAAGUGAAAAAUCACUCCAAAAACAGUGCCGUUUCAUUUUUUUGUAUCCAUCCAUAUUCUGCAAAGAGUGGGCUCUCAAUAGUGUACCUAAUCUGUAUACUUUCGGAAAUGUCCAUAAGUCGCGUUGCGUAUAGAAAAGUGAUUAUUUUGGCAGAAAUAUGGACCCAAUCAUAUGAUAUUUGUGGGUUCAUGUUUAAAUUUUGAGUAAAGGGACACAGAUAAACGCAGAGUUUAUGACAAUGGUAAUUUUUGCGGGACGUAAUUGAUGGACAUUUCUCUACAUAUAGUAAAUGUAUAUGCUGCGGUUGGUUGGACACUGCUGAAAUAGAUUCGUGGACAUUAUUGCUAUUAUAGAUUGGCAGCAAACGAAAAACAAAAAAAUGCUGAUGAAAUAGGAAUAAGUGAAUGAAUACUACUACACUGUUAUAAUAUUGCUGAAAA